CCACACGCAUGGUGUGGUAUGUGGAGGAAGUGUACUAGGGAUUUACACAUGCGUCAGGAUGGGGAAGAAGAAGGGUCGUGGAGAUGGUACGGGUUUAGGAAGAGCUUUAAUGAAGGAGAGACUCAAUGCAGCCCGAGGACACAGAAGAAACGACACAUGGCUCCACACCAGCGAACUGAAUGACGGAUAUGAUUGGGGUCGCCUGAAUUUGCAGUCUGUAACGGAGCAGAGCUCUUUGGACGAUUUUCUGGCCACGGCUGAACUGGCAGGAACAGAAUUUACUGCAGAGAAACUGAACAUCAGAUUGGUGCCAGCUGAAGCCAGGAGUGGCCUACUGACAGCUGAGGAAUCCAAGAGACUGAAGAAGCUCCAUGAUGACAACAGACAGUUCCUCCGCAUACCACGAAGACCGCACUGGGAUGAGAACACAAGCCCCGAGCUCCUCCAGCAGGCCGAAAGAGACAGCUUCCUGACAUGGAGACGAGAGCUGGCAAGGCUGGAGGAGGAACAGAAACUGAUUCUUACCCCUUUUGAGAGGAACCUGGAUUUUUGGAGGCAGCUUUGGAGAGUUAUCGAGAGAAGUGAUGUUGUGGUCCAGAUAGUCGAUGCCAGAAACCCUUUGCUGUUCCGAUGUCCUGAUCUAGAGAAAUACGUCGAAGAGGUCUCCAGUCACAAGGUGAACAUGCUACUGUUGAACAAAGCAGAUCUGCUUACCCGAGAGCAGCGUCGUGCCUGGGCCAAGCAUUUUCAGAAAGAAGGCAUCAGAGCAGCAUUCUGGUCUGCGCUGGCUGAGGCACAGCGGCUGGACGCCGAAGAAAAGGGAGAAGAUCUCGAUGACCUUCAGGAGUCAAGCGAUGCAGAAUGUAGGGCGGCCGAGGCCUCGCAGGAAAGGAGUCGAGAGUACGAGGAAGAUGACGAAGAAGAGGACACGACAGCGAGUUUUGAAGACUGCACUUCAGAUGUAGACUGGCAAACCUGCUCUGAGGGAUCAGGAGACGAAAAGGACGAAGAGAAGUGUGCAGCCUCUUCAGCUUGUGCUUCUUUUUAUAACUCGAGCCGUCUGCUGCGCAAAGACGAACUGCUAGAAAUGUUCAAAUCUGCACAUACUGGACCCAAGUGUAAGAACGGCCAAUUCACAGUAGGACUGGUGGGUUAUCCGAAUGUUGGCAAAAGCUCCACCAUCAACACCAUCUUUAGGAAUAAGAAAGUCUCGGUGUCAGCAACACCUGGACACACAAAGCACUUUCAGACAUUGUUUGUUGAACCGGGUCUUUGCCUGUGUGACUGUCCUGGCCUAGUCAUGCCUUCCUUCAUGUCCACCAAAGCCGAGAUGAUCUGCAGCGGGAUUCUCCCCAUCGACCAGAUGCGAGACCACGUCCCGGCCAUCUCUCUCGUUUGUCAGACAAUUCCACGAGCUGUGCUGGAGGGAACCUACGGCAUCAACAUCGUCAGACCAAGAGAGGACGAAGAGCCAGAUCGCUCGCCCACCUCUGAGGAACUGCUUUCAGCUUAUGGAUAUAUGAGGGGCUUCAUGACAGCACACGGUCAGCCAGACCAGUCCAGAUCUGCCCGCUAUGUCCUGAAAGACUAUGUUACCGGAAAGCUGCUCUAUUGUCACCCUCCUCCUCUCAUCAAUGCUAAAGACUUCCAGCCUCAGCACUUAAAGUUUGUAAACCAAACUAUUAAGGGUGGUCCUUCCACGUGUACCAAUAAUAAACCUCCCAAGAUCAAACAGAUUGAAAACACUGUUGAUAAAACUUUCUUUCACCAGGAGAACGUCCGGGCACUAACAAAGGGAGUGCAGAUGGUGAUGGGCUACAAACCUGGCAGUGGCCCACAAGCGCAAGGAAAAGCAGGCGCAGAACAGCAAGCUGGGAAACCUUGGAAAAAGCAUGGCAACAGGAACAAGAAGGAGAAAGUGAGAAGACUCAAUAAACACCUGGACGCUUGAACGUUGCCAUGAUACGGAAGACGAGCAAAGACACUGAAACAGUUCCUAUCUGAGGCUGAUGGAAAUAUCUGAACUUCAAAUAAAAGCCACUUUCUAAGAAUCCAUUCGCAAUUACACCAUGAAAAUAAUACAUUUCUGCAUGAUCCAAAAUGAUUUUGUAUUGUUGCCACAUUUAUAAUCAAUGAAGCACCCCUCUUGAUGUGUCUAAAAUGUUUGUUUUUUUUCUUUUUAUGACCAAGUUUUGGAUUACGUAAACUGUAUAUCCUAAAUAUAUCUUGGGUACAGUCACAACUGCAAGGUCCCCGGUUCGAUCUUGAGCUCCGGUGACUCUCUAUGCUGCUUGUUCCCAUGUCUGUGAGGGUUUCCUCCAGGUUCUCCAGUUUCCUGACACCUUCCAGGAACAUGGCAGUAGGUAGAUUGACUAAGAGAUUUGUCUCACGCUUAGGUGAGAAUGUAUGCGUUCACAGUGCCCUGCAAAAGACUUGUCCUAUCCAGGGUGAUUUUCCUGCCUCGCACCCACUGUUCACGUGAUAGGCUCCGGAUUCAACGCAACCCAGACCUGGAUAAAAUGGUUACAGAAAGAGAGAGGGAGUUACCCGUUCCAAGUGUCAUGUUUAGAUAGGGCCUUUUCUUAAAAUGGAUAACGAGGGAUUACUCAAUACAAUAGAAAUUAAAUUUUAAAAAAAAUUGGUUUAGUAUUCAGAUUCUAGUUUUAAAAAUAUAUAUAUAUUUAGUGUCCCUUGAAUAGAAGAUGCCUACAUUUUCAAGUUGAUUUCUCUCACACUGCACAUGUAAUGCAUGACCUAACGCACAGGCUCACAACCCCGGUCCUGGACUACCUCCUGUCCCUUUUAAGUUUUUCCUGCUCCCAAUACACCUGAUUCGGCUAAAUCUGUGGUGCCCAACUUUUUUUUUUUUUUGGAUCAUUUGAACCCCUUCAGCUUAAUAUAUUUAUGAUGUAAUGAAAUAUUCCAUGAGAUUUCAUGCAGGCUACAUUUUAGUGAACAUUUUGCUUGUUUUUGUAGCUUUUGCUGCUGUUUAAAGCUAUGCAACCUUAGCUUGAAACAUUUGACAAGUUUUGUGACCAGAUUAUAAUGUUUUGUUAUUAAAUGUCUUUUAAAAAAAAAACACUGGUUUCAUGUUUUCAUUAGAAUAUUUUUGAGGUCAGGGCUCUGUGCAGGACACUCAAGUUCUUCCACUCUAACCUUGUUACACUGUGUCUUCAUGGCUCUCGCUUUGUCAUGCUGGAACAGGUUUGGGCCUCUUCGUUCCAGUGAAGGGAAAUUGUAACGCUACAGCAUGCAGGGACAUCCUUUAAAAUUGUGUGCUUCCAACUUUGUGACAACAGUUUGAGGAAGAACCACGUACGGGUAUGAUGGCCAGGUGUCCACAUACAUUUGGCUAUACACUAGUGUAUCCAAAAAACAAGUACCGUACUAUAUCGCAUGUCCAAAUAUUACUCCAGCUGUGGUAAAUUCCAUUAUCUUGGGUGUAGAGGUAGUUAUGCAAGCCAUUUAGAUCCAUCUAUACACAACCCAAGUUAAAACAAA